AUGUCGUCUUCAGGGCCGACCGGCUUCCUGGGCCGGUCCAGCAGCAGCAAUGCGAACAUGCGAGGGCUUGUCCAAUUCAUUGCAGACCUGCGCAAUGCACGUGCCCGCGAGCUGGAAGAGAAGCGCAUCAAUAAGGAAUUGGCCAAUAUCCGCCAAAAGUUCAAGGACGGUAACCUGAGCGGAUACCACAAGAAGAAAUAUGUCUGCAAACUCCUCUACAUAUAUAUUCUCGGAUGGAACGUCGAUUUUGGUCAUCUUGAAGCUGUCAACCUCAUUUCGGCAACCAAAUACUCGGAGAAGCAGAUUGGCUAUCUUGCUAUGACGCUUUUCUUGCACGAGAAGCACGAACUCUUGCACCUCGUUGUCAACAGCAUCAGGAAAGAUUUGCUGGACCAUAACGAGCUGUUCAACUGUCUUGCGCUCCACGCUAUCGCAAAUGUCGGCGGCCGGGAGAUGGGCGAGGCGCUGAGCGGCGAGGUCCAUAGGUUAUUAAUUUCGCCAACUUCAAAGGCCUUUGUGAAGAAAAAGGCGGCGCUGACACUUCUCCGCCUUUAUCGGAAACACCCAGCCAUCGUCCAGCCGCAGUGGGCCGAACGGAUCAUAUCCCUCAUGGACGAUGUUGAUCUGGGCGUGGGUUUAUCUGUGACAUCUCUUGUCAUGACCCUGGCUCAGGACGAUCUGGAGCAGUACAAGGGAGCUUACGCCAAGGCUGCCGGCCGGCUGAAGCGCAUCGUGAUCGAUGGGGAAUAUUCCCCUGACUAUUUGUAUUACAAGGUUCCGUGCCCUUGGAUUCAGGUGAAACUUUUGAGACUGUUGCAAUAUUUCCCUCCGUCAGAGGAUAGCCAUGUCCGGGACAUGAUUCGGCAGUCCCUUCAGAAGAUCCUGGACCAGGCCCUCGAGACAAAUAAGAACGUACAGCAGAACAAUGCGCAGAAUGCGGUCCUCUUUGAAGCCAUCAAUCUCAUCAUCCAUCUCGACACCGAGCAUGCUUUGAUGAAACAGAUUUCAUCGAGACUGGGCCGUUUCAUCCAGUCAAGGGAGACCAAUGUCCGCUACCUAGGGCUCGAAGCCAUGACACAUUUGGCCGCUCGGGCCGACACACUGGAUCCCAUCAAGCAGCACCAAGAAGUCAUCAUCGGGUCGCUCAAGGACAGGGAUAUCAGCGUCCGCCGGAAGGGGCUCGACCUGCUCUACAGCAUGUGUGACGCCACUAACGCCCGGGCCAUCGUCGGCGAACUCUUGCACUAUCUACAGAAUGCGGAUUUCGCCAUUCGGGAAGAAAUGGUGCUCAAGAUUGCCAUUCUUACUGAGAAAUACGCCAACGACGUGCAGUGGUAUGUCGACAUAUCCCUCCGCCUGAUUGCCAUGGCAGGAGACCACGUUAGCGACGAGGUGUGGCAGCGGGUGAUCCAAAUCAUCACCAACAACGAGGAGCUCCAAGUGUACGCUGCGCGGAACAUUCUACAGUAUUGCAAGCAGGAUCACUGCCACGAGACGUUGAUCAAGAUUGGCGCCUAUAUCCUGGGAGAAUUCGGACAUCUCAUCGCUGAGGAGAAGGGAUGUAGCCCCAUCGAGCAAUUUAUUGCGCUCCAAAGCAAGCUUCCUGCGUGCUCAUCAAGCACUCGUGGCAUGAUCUUGUCUUGCUUUGUUAAGUUUGUCAACCUGUUCCCCGAGAUUAAGCCGCAGCUCGUCAAUGUCUUCACCAUCUACAGCCACACGCUGGAUCCCGAGCUUCAGCAAAGAGCUUGCGAGUAUCUGACGCUGGUGAGCAUGCCGACGGACGAUCUUUUACGUACCGUCUGCGACGAAAUGCCACCAUUCCCGGAACGGGAGUCGGCUCUGCUCUCCAGGCUGCACCAGAAGCAUUCACGAACGAGCGAUAAGAGAACGUGGAUCGUCGGUGGAAAAGAUGCCAACGCAGACGCCGGCGAGCUCAGCAUGGCCAAGCAAGGCAGUCUUAGGAGGACGUUCAGCACCAACGGCCAUGCCAAUGGCGGUGCAUCAGCGGGAGCGAAUGGGCACUCGGCGGCCCAUGAUCUUGCCGGCCUCGACAUGAGUAACAUCGGACCUGCUGAAGCCAAGGCACUCAAGCCUCCCAACCUUGCUAGCGCCGCCCACCUGUCGCCCGGCUGGGAGAAGGGCUUCAACCGGCUACUGCUCAAGGCCGACGGCGUGCUGUACGAGGACGGACAGAUCCAGGUCGGUGUGCGGUCAGAGUACCGCGGGCAAAUGGCGUGUCUGAUCCUGUACUUCACCAACAAGACGCCGGCGCUGAUCAGCUCGUUUACCACGACGCUCGACCUGGACGAGUCAGAAAAGGGUAAGCUGACGUGGGACGUCAAGGGCCUGCCGGAGACGACGCUCGCGCAGGGCGCGCAGGCGCAGCAGGUCAUUGUGUUUGAGGCAAAGAGGGUGUUUGAGAAGAGCCCGACCAUCCGCAUCAGCUACCUCGCUGGCGCGCUGCAGGCGCUCACGCUGAAGCUGCCCGUCUUGAUCCACAAGUUCAUGGACCCCGCGGAACUGUCAGCCGAGGACUUCUUUAAGCGAUGGAAGCAGAUUGGCGGCCCGCCGCGCGAGGCACAGCAGAUUUUUGGGUUGGCUGGGCCCAAGGAUGGUGGGCGGGAGAUUACCGAGAGUUUUGUUCGGCAGGUUGUCGAGGGGUUCCGGUGGGGAGUCUUGCCUGGGGUUGACCCCAACCAUAAGAACUUUGUGGGCGCGAGUGUGGUGCAUACAUCGGAGGGCGGCAAGUUUGGGUGCUUGCUGAGGUUGGAGCCUAACUACGGGACUCAGAUGGUGCGCUUGACGAUCAGGGCGACUGACGACAGUGUGCCGCCUGUGCUGUUGAAGGCCAUGGAGGAGAGGCUCGCUGCCGGGGCGUCGACGGUGCAGGAGAGGCAUGUGCCGCCUACUGCCAGCGAGAUUUCGGAUUCGUUCCGGAAUAUAAUGGUUAGGUGA